AUGGCACUUGUGGCUGCAGGGCCGACAAGGGUGCUUCACACUGUGCUGCACGCACGGAACUAUGGGGAGCGCUCGUCCAGCUUGCGAUGGAAGUCGUCACUUCUGAGGCAGAUGCCCUGGGCCGUCGUUUGCUUUUCUUCAAGAAGCUUGGUGCGAUGCUUUACAAGCAGAAGAGGGGAAGUUCCUGCGCCGAAGCGUGCUUCUAGACCUCCCCAGGUCCACACGGAUGCAUUCCCCACGCCUAUGGAGGUCUCAAUGCAAACUGUGGCAGUCGUGCGAUCUCCGUACAAGGAGCGCUUCGGAUGUCCACGACAGCCGACCGUCACAGAAGGAGUUUUAGGCGGAGAAGCUGGUGCUGGCUUUCUUGAGCUUGUUCCCAGCGAUCAAAAUCCGGAGGAGAAACUUCGAAUGGCCCUGCGCGAGCUUUCCGGCUUCGAGUUCAUCUGGGUUAUCAGCUAUCUGCACAUGAACGAAGGUUGGUCAGCAAGUGUCACACCGCCCAGAGGGCCACGUCGAAAACGCGGGCUUUUUGCGACACGAGCUCCACAUCGACCGAGACAUGGAUUCAAUUUCCAGCACUCCGUAUGUUGA